AUGGAGUUCCUGCUUCUUGGAUUCACUAAUGAAAGAGACAUAAAUGUCAUACUCUUCACUUUCUUUCUCUUGGUUUACAUAUUGACCCUGUUGGGAAACAUCACCAUAAUCUCGCUGACUAGGACCAAUGUUUCUCUAAGAACCCCUAUGUAUUUUUUCCUGAAUAAUUUUGCUUUCCUUGAGAUAGGCUAUACCACAGUUACUGUACCCAGAAUGCUAUCUGAUCUCAUCUCUGGGAAUAUGACUAUCUCCUUUAAUAGCUGCAUCAGUCAGAUGUAUUUCUUUUUUUUCUUUGGCACCACAGAAUUCUUUAUUCUGGCUCUAAUGGGAUUUGACCGUUAUCUUGCCAUCUGCCGCCCUCUUCAUUACAACAACAUCAUGAAUUUUCAGUUCUGCUUUCAGUUGGUAAUCGGAUCUUGGAUCAGUGGAUGCAUGGUUCCAGUGGUACCCACCAUAGUCCUUUCUCAGAAGCCAUUUUGUGGCUCAAAAACCAUCCACCAUUUUUUCUGCGAUGUUGGUCCACUGGUAAAGCUUUCAUCAGCUGACACAGUCUUCUUAGAUACUUUUGUCCCUUAUUGUUUCUGCUGUUGUGGUUCUUGGCUCCCUACUUCUUGUUAUAGUGUCAUAUGUUCUUAUCAUAUCCACCAUUUUUCAAAUAGCUUCCUCAUCUGGCCGUACCAAAGCCUUCUCUACAUGUACGUCCCAUCUUUUUGUUGUGACAAUUUUCUUUGGCACUGUGAUCUUUAUGUAUGUCCGUCCAUCCUCUGA